AUGAUUGAAACAACGGAACAAAUUGAUUACUCUAAAUCGGAAACGUUACCGUGUGAUGAUAAUUAUUUAUCCUUGAAAUCUGAAAAAACUUUAAAUAUAGACACAGAUAAAUGUGAUAUUAUGCUCAAUGAAAAAAAAAAAAAAUUAAAUAAUGAAAAUUUUCCAAAUAAAUGCAAUGUAUCUAAAAAUAAGCUAACUUCUUCAAACUCUAUAUAUAAUGACAAAAUUAAAAAAAGCAUAGAACUUUGUAGUAAUGUUAUGAGUAAUCAAACAUUUAUAAGAAAUGAUUCUCAGUGCAACAAUAAAAAGAGUAAUAAAGAAAAAAAGGUAUCAAGAAAAUCCGACAUUUCAAAAAAAGGGAAUGAUAAGCAUAUUGAAGAAAUUGAAAAAGAUUUUUUUUCAAAUAGUAGCAUGUAUUAUAAAAAUGCCAUUAGCACAAAAUAUUACGACAGCUUUAAUGAUAUUGAUUCCAAAAAAAGUAACAAUGAAUUUUUUUAUGUUAACGAAAGUAAAAAUAACUAUUCAUCAAAAUUUUUUAAAAAUAAAAUAAUUUCAGGAAUCAGUAAUCCAACAAUAGAAGAAAAAGAGUUGUUUAUGAAACAUACCGAAAAUAAAAAUAAAAUGAAUAACAUUUUAAAUAAUUACACAGAAGUUGCUAUAUCAAAAUGUAGAAUUUCUGAUAUAAAUAAAUCAAAUACAAAAAAUUAUGAUAAUAAUUAUUCGAACAAUUAUGUAUAUAACUCGGAAGAAAAUAGCAAACCGGUACACAUUUUGGAUAAUAAACACAAAAAAAUAGAAAUGUUUUUAGAUUAUAAUUCACAAAAUGUAAUCUCUGUUGUAAAUGAUAAUGAUAUUAGUUGCAACGAUCAAAAUAAUUAUAAUAAUGUAUCAGAUAAUACUAAAGAUUGUUUAAGAAAAAGCUCAAGCAAAUUAUCUUGUAAAAAAGAUAAUACAAUAGAUUUAACAGGAAAAUGUUGUUAUGACUAUCAUAAAAUAGAUAAAGAUCUUGAUUUAGAAAUUUCUAAUUCUAUGUAUUUGAAAAAUGAUAAAAUAGAACAGUAUGUAAAUAAUAAAGAUGAAAUGUGUGCAAAAAAAGAAGAUUUUAGAAGUAUGUUAAGUCAGGAUAUUUUUAAUGAAAUGGAAAAUAUAAAUGAUAGCACUACAGAAUGUAAUUCAAUGAAAGAUGUUCCAAGAUUGCUAUUAAAUUAUACUACAUCUCAAAAUAAAUUAGAUAAAAAUCAUUAUACUAAGGUUCCAGAAAUUCCCUCUAGUUUAAAAGAAGUUAAUAUGAAGGAUAAAAAUUCAUCUUUAGAAAAUAUAUGUAAGCAAAUGUCACAAAAAGAGUUAAAAUUAGAAAACAAAAAUGAAACAUUUAGUAAUUUCGAUUUAGAUUCUCUAGGAAAUAAUAUCCCUUCCACUAAUAAGAAUGAUUUUGAAAUAAAUAAAAAUGAAAAUAAUCGACACUGUUUUCCAAGUAAGUCAAUUUAUGUAGAAAAUUGUGCUAAUAAAUAUAAUGCAGAGUUCACAAAUGAUCUUUUUGAAGAGGAACUUGCUACAAAUAAAAAAGAAGAAAACAAAGAUAAUUAUAAUUUAAAUAAAAAUUCUUUUAAAGUAGGAUCAGAUAUUCCCAAUGAAAUGUAUUCCAAAAAAAAGAAUUUUAACUUCAAUAAAAAGACAGAUAGCAUAAAAAAAAAAAGUGAUAAAACAUUAAUGAAAAGCCAAUUUUAUGAAUACACGAAAAAUAAAAACGAGGAAUCUAUGAAUAAUUUAGGGAAAAAAAAAAAAAAAAAGUUUUUUGAUUUAAUCUCUAAAAAGCGUAUAGAAAGUACUGUUAUUUCUCAAAAUAACAGUAAAGAUAUUGAAUAUUUAGGAGAAUAUUUUCAUAAUACAAUCCCAAAUGAUAUUAUGAAGAAUAUAAAAUAUGAAAAUCCUUCUAACACAUAUAAUGAGGUAAUGAGCAACAUGAAUUAUGAUUUGACAUCAGAGUUGAAUAAUAAUAACUCAAUGUAUGUCUUACAAAAAAACGAAGAAAAAAUUAAAACAAAAAAUAAGGAUACAAAAGAAUUUGAAUAUAUACAAAAUGAAAAAGUAGGAGCAUACAGAGAAACACAUAUUCAUAAAAAUGAUGAUAUAACUAGAAAAACAAUCAUAUGCAAUGAACUUGAAGCAAAUUGUGUACCAGGAAAGCGCUAUUUACUUUCUGUAAAAAAGAACGAAUCUGUAAAAGAUCAGAAAAAUCAAAUGCUAUUAAUAUCUAAACAAAAAAUAAAAAAAAUAUGGAAUAAAUUUAAAAAUAAUUCAUCCAAAGAACAAAAUAACGCUACAUAUGAUAAUAAAAAGCAUUUUUCUCCUAAUUCGGAAUUAUUAAGUUCACAAAAAUUAGAAUCUAAUGAUUAUAAUGGUUUUAAAGAAUGUAUCAAUAAACCAUUAAGUAGCAUAAAUAAUAUGGAAAAACAAAUUAAGUCGAAAUGUAUAUUUAAUUGGAAACUAGCUCAGAAAUCUUUAAUUAAAAUGCUACAUAGUGCACAUAAUUUUUAUUUUAAUGGUGUGAAAUAUUCGGAUUGGAUUCUAACUUCUAUUCCAACUCUUGGUUUCUCCAAAUCAAGUAAUAGAGUUCAACAAAUGUUUAAAGCUAUUGUUCCUUCAAAAGAUAGUAAUAGUAAAAACGAUGCAAAAUUGUUUAUUAAAAGAAUACCUAUUUACAUAUGGGUAAAGCAAUUUAAUUUAAUGAAUGAAUAUGAGGGGGAAUAUGUAACCGAUGGAGAAAAUUUUGUAAUGGAAGCAGCAGCUUUAGCCUUUUUAAAUGAAUAUCAUCAAGGAAUAACUCCUAAAUUAUAUAAGAUAUUAUAUGAACCAGAAAGUAAGCAUUUUAAUGAAUAUAUGGCACCAAAAGCUAUGUUUAAUAAUUUGAAUUUAUUUAAUAGUAUAUUAAGUGAGAGACUUAAGUGUAACAUUAAUGGUAAUAUUGUUAUAGUUUCUGAAUUUUUUAGUGAAGAUAUUCUUGAUUAUAUAGAUAGAAGGCAAAAAAAAUAUAAUAUGAAAAUAAGUAAUAAUGAAAAAAGUUAUAUACUUUAUCAGUGCUUAAAAUUAUUGAUAAGACUUCAUGAUGCAGGAUUAUCUCACCUCGAUCUAACUCCUGAAAAUAUAUUAAUUUCAGAUAAUUAUGAAAUGCGUUUAUGUGAUUUAUCUAAAAGUACUCCUAUUUAUACUUAUAAUUUAAGACAUAUCAAAGAUACUAAUCGCCUAAACUUAUUUGAAUCUUGUGAGCCUACAAUAGCAAAAGGAGCAUACAUGCCACCUGAAUGUUGGAAAAUAUAUUGGAAAUAUGAUACAAUGAAAAUAAAAAAUCCACUAAAAGAUUUAAAUUCUAUUACAGAUCAAGAAAAAAGAAAACAAUUUUAUUUUGAUGUUUCAAGCGCUGAUAAUUUUAUGCUUGGAGUUUUUUUUUUUUGGAUUUGGACUAAUGGAAACUUAUGGAAGUGCUCAGACCCAUUACAAGAUGAAGAUUUCUUUUAUUUUGUAAAAUGUGAUAUGGAUUUUGAUAAAUUUGAGUUAACUAAAAAAUGGCCUACUGAACUAAAAAACAUCAUUAAGCAAUUAUUGCACAUAGAUUACAGAAAGAAAUUAAAUUUAAAAGAUUUAAGUACACAUCCUUGGUGGUCAUGCAAAUUUUAA